GGGAUACAGAAACAUACUUACAAAAUCAGGCUAUUUGGGAUGGAGUUUGCAGAGAGGAGACGGAGCAGAAAAUCUCAAAGCUUUAAGCUGAUAAAUGAGCAAGAAUUGCAGACAGAGUACUUUGACAGGGCUGUGAGCACAGCUGCCAAUGGGGACUCCAGAGAAUGUGCUAAAGAAGCCUGGUCUGAGGAUGAGGGAAUGGAGAUUAAAAGGCAGAUCACUGGUAUGAUGCGCGUGCUAAACGACAAAGCUGGUCGGGUGUACCAGCGCGUGGGCAGAGAAGGAGAAAACCUGAGGCAGGGCCCCCAAGAUGAGCUCCUGAGCUGGGCCUCACAGUCAGCUCUAGACCCCGAGCAGCCCCAGCACAGUAACUGGACCUGCAGCCCCCAGCAGCCCAACAUGUCCCUCUCCUCUGGCCAGUACAGCACACGCUCCAAGACACAGAAGAUGCUGAACCAGACCAAAGAUCUGAGCACCAACGCCAAUGCAUGCUCAGAGAUGGCAGUCCCUCAGCCGCCAGUGGUCUCAGCUGUGAAGUCCACCUGCUGCACGUGUAACUGCAAGGGCACCCUGCAGGCCAUCCUUCUGGAACUGCGCACUAUGAGGAAACUCAUGCAGACGCAAAAAGGACCACAGCAGCAGCAGGCGACUCUGAGUGGCACCUGCUCCACUCGUUGCCCGGUGACCAGGAGGCGAGCCCGCAAGAGGAGGCCGGUGCACAGAGUGGCCCCACUCACCACGCCCACCAAUGGAGCUGCGGCUGCCGUGCCAUCCUCACAGCCGCCCCCUCACAACCCUCCAAACGACCCAUCAGUCAAUCAGAGGGAGAGCGCUGCUUCAGUUUCAACACCAUUUGCUGCAACUCUGCCCGGUCCCGCCUCCAUCUAUAUGACCCCGCCCAUUCAUCACUACAGUGCGGUCCAGGGGCCAAAUGCGUCCGAGCCGGAGGUGCAGUUGGCAGAGGACUAUGAUGUCUUCAUCCCCAAGGCCCAGCUGGACUCCAUCCUGGUAAACUACACUCGCUCUGGGAGCCUGCUCUUCAGGAAACUGGUGUGUGCCUUCUUUGACGACACCACUCUGGCCAACUCUCUGCCCAAUGGCAAGCGGAAGAGGGGCCUGAACGACCACAGGAAGGGACUCGACCAGAACAUAGUGGGGGCUAUCAAAGUUUUUACCGAGAAGUAUUGCACAGCAAACAGAAUUGAGAAGCUUCCAGGAGCCAGGGACUGGGUCCAAAUCCUGCAGGACCAAAUCAAACUGGCUCGCAGAAGAUUAAAAAGAGGUGUGUUGUAA